AUGUUCCGCAGGCAGGUUCCGCCAGCCAAAGUGCCAACGGACACUGUGAUCCCCUUUCGCUUCUUCGACGAUACGCCGCUAUGGAGGACAAUCAUUCUGUAUUCCAUGUUUGUAUUUGACGAUGUGUUGAGCCCCGAGAAGCUUCGCAACAGCCUCGAGAGGUUAGCGAAACGCGAUGGCUGGACAAGGCUCGGGGCUCGAAUGCGAAAGGAUGCCCAAGGAAAUCUUGAAUACCAUAUACCGGCCGAAUUCACAGAGGAGCGCCGAGCUCUUUCAUAUACUCAUAUGGCCUACGAUAUGGAUGCUGCAGAUCACCCAGUUGCGUCCAAGAUUCCCGCUCCGAGCUCCAAGCCAGCUGUCGUAUGCGAUCCUGACGAUUUCCGCGGACUACUUUAUCCCGAUAGCGGCCCGGUCAGCAUAGACGACUAUCUGAACCGAGACAUCCCCCAGCUGGGGCUUUAUAUCAUUUCUUUCCGUGACAAAACGUUUGUGGUGAUAUACUGGCCGCAUACAUUGAUGGAUGCUCUGGGCAAAAAGGCUUUGCUAGACGCGUGGACCUUGAUGCUUCAAGGUCGAGAAGACGAUAUUGUUGCUCCACAAGGCCGCGACGGCGACCCAUUAGCAGAUCUUGGGAAAUAUCCCACAGAGCCUCACAAGCUGGCAUCUCGGCGCUUGUCAAUGUUUGGGCUGGCCCAGUAUGGGAUCAACAAUGUCCUCGAUCUCUUCCGAGCGCAAGAGAAUCGCAUGCUUUGUGUUCCUGGAUCUUUCAUUGAGAACCUUCGCAAAGAGGCAAUCAGUGAGCUUGAGUCCGAGGGCGCAGAAAACACUUUCUUGACUGAAGGCGAUGUUCUCUGCGCCUGGUGGAUCAAAGUUGCCACUUCACAUCUGCCAGCGAAUAGCCAGAGGACGGUUGUCAUCAACAACGCAUACUCUCUACGAAAGUGUCUAGAGACGGAUCUGCUGCCGAAAGGGGUGCCAUAUGUCUCCAACGGUACCGGCUUCAUCAACGUGCUACUGCCGGUGCACCACAUAUUUGAGAAGCCGCUGAGUUAUAUUGCUGCUGCUACUCGAACCGCGAUUCAAGAACUGGGAACUCGGUCUCAGGUAGAAGCCUUUUUCGCUAUGUGGCGAGGAUCUAGCGGGAGGAUUCCGCCUUUCUUCGGCAACGGCAACAUGCACAUGAUUACGUUGUCAAAUUGGGGCAAGGCAAAGCUGUUCGACUUGGACUUUUCUGCAGCUGUGCUUCAGCCCAGUAGGGAGGGUGGGAAAUCGGGUUCACCGAUCUAUAUACAGAAUAAUCAGUGGGGUAUCGUGCUACCAAACGGCUUCCCGAUCAUGGGCAAGGACAAGGAUGGAAACUUUUGGCUUUCGGGGUAUAUGAACAAGGGACUGUGGGGGCGGAUAGAGGAGCAGCUUGUAAAAGCAUAG